AUGGCGCAGAACAGCAAAGCACAAUGGGUGCCCUCUCCCGUGCGGCCCGGAUGGAUAGACACAGAACCGGAACCCCUUGCAGAGACACUCCAAGCAGAAGCGACAAAGCUCAGAAACAAACUCCAGGCGCUUGAGACAAGACACCAACUUCUUUGCAACAUCCUAGUGGAUUUUGUGAAAGAUGCAGAAAUUUAUGGCCUAAAUGAUGCCUCAGGCUUGCCUCUUGUUCAAAAUCCAGAGGAGAUUGAUUCAUUGAAGAGUCUGCAGAGAUGGAUAUCCCAAUGGAGGGAUGCGAUUGCUGUCUUUAUCGAUGCACCGCGUGGCGACAACCACGUCCCAGAAACCGAGAGCACUGCCCCGACCCCCUUCGAGUUUCCCAGCUCCACCUAA